AUGAAUCUACUCUUUCUCCAGCUAAUCAUCUUGCAAGCUUUGGAACUGGUACUUGGUAAUAGAUCAACUGAUGCAACGACACUUCUCCGCUUGAAGACUUCACUGGAAGAUCCAUCCGCUGCUCUAAACAGUUGGAGUUCAAAGACUACCAGUGUCUUAUGUCAGUGGAAUGGUGUAACAUGUUCACCAGAUGGCCUGGUGAUUAGGCUGGAUCUCCGGUUCAAAUCAUUAUCUGGUGCCAUUCCCUUCGAUGUCAUUGGAGAUUUAUCUCAUCUACAGGGCUUGUUCUUGUCGGGCAACAAUCUUACUAUCUCCCCCAUCUCCUCGUCGAACAGUUCAUCAGAGUGCUCAUUGGAGUAUCUAGAUAUCUCAAACAACAGAAUCACUUCCAGUGAUAGCGUCAGCAUUCUUGAUGCAUGCACAAGGCUCAAGCUUCUCAAUCUCUCACACAAUCUCAUGUACGGAUCAUUGUCUGUGUCUUCUCUCACUAGUUGCAAAAGCUUGGAAGCUCUAGACAUCUCCCACAACCUCUUGUCUGGAGACGUUGAACAAGUGAUCAACCUGUGUGCUCGAAACCUGAAGACCCUGAAUGCCAGCCAUAAUAGCUUCACAGGUGAUCUCCCCGCUUCUCUCCCUUCGAAGCUUAGGAUUCUCAACUUAAGCUCCAAUAGAUUCACAAACGGAGAUGUCAUGAGGGAUAUAUGCUCGAGCACUGGCUCGGAAUUGGAAGAACUCAUCAUUUCAAACAACAGGUUGACGGGUCCGUUCCUCCAUACCAUUCUCCUUUGCCGAAAGCUCAAGGUGUUGGAUCUGAGCUUCAAUACAAUCAGCGGAGAAAUCCCAACUGACCUCUGCGAGAAGACAUCUAAACUGGAGCACUUUGCCGUCUGGUCAAAUGAGCUUCACGGUCCUGUACCUACGACCAUAUCUAAAUGCAGCUCAUUAGUCACUCUCAUCCUUAGCUUCAACAACCUCCAAGGUCCCAUUCCUCCCGAGGUCUCCAAGCUCCACAGCCUGGAAUGGUUGAUCCUGAGCAGCAACAACCUGUCUGGAACAAUUCCCUCAUCUCUCGGGCAGCUGAAGCGACUCACAGUGCUUGCCGUCAGUAACAACUCUCUCGAAGGUGAGCUUCCUGGUGAACUCUCUGGAUGUGAGAAGCUUGCAUGGCUAGAUCUCAACAACAACCGUCUCACGGGAGAGAUUCCUCCUCGCAUAGGGCGAUCAAAGCCAGCCCCGCUCGUGGACAACACAACAAGGGAAUUUCGGCUGGUGUUUGAUAACAACGAAGCGUAUAAGUGCCCUGGAAACCGGGGCAUCAACUCGAUUUUCCCCCUUCUCGGCAUUAGCAUCCAGGAGUUUCAGACCAAAGCUCCUAUGGUGUGUAACAAGCGGCUGUACAUCUACCAGGACAAGCUCUUCCCGGAGAUUGACAGUCUGGUAUUAGUGGACCUGUCUGGAAACCUGUUUACCGGCGCUAUUCCUGUGGAGUUUGGAGACAUGCAGAGUCUGUAUCAGAUCAGCCUGGCAAGGAACCGAAUGUCUGGCCGCAUUCCUUCCAGCCUUGGCUUUCUCAAGCGAUUGAGUACUGUGGAUCUGUCGAGCAACUUGUUCACUGGUGUGAUACCUGUAUCAUUCUCCAGGCUCCCGCUCAUGGAUUUCAAUGUCUCGUUCAACAAUUUAUCGGGAGGGAUUCCGCAGAAGGGUCAGUUGACGACGUUUCCAUUGAGUUCGUUCCAAGGGAAUUCAGGGCUAUGUGGAUCGCCUAUUUCACAGUGCCAGGAACCGGAUCAUGAAGGAUCAACACCUGAGAAGGAGGUAGGGAAUGAUGAUCAUGAUGAGGUAUUGGCAGGGAUGGUAACGGGAGCAGCUUGUUUCUUGCUAUGGAGCUUUUGUAUUUUGUUCUGGGAAAGUCUGGGGAGUUUACUUACACGAAAGUAG